UUAAAUAGUUCCGCCCCAAAGGAUCAUGGGUAAUAGGGCUCCUUUCACAUCUCGCGAUGCAGCAGGACGGACGAUCGCGCUUCAUCAAAUCUUGCCGAAUUUGGACCGAAUGUUGGGAAUCGUCGACGCUUGACGCCCCUGAUCGCGACUUUAGUGGCCGAAAAACGUCACUCGUGCCAUCUUCGUAUCCGGUUGGAGUCGUCUGGUGCACCUUGAAGCUGCUCGUCCUAGCCUAGCCUAGCCUAGCUUGCUAACAAAGAGAAGCGUUUGAAAUCAAGCGGGAGGUAAAGUGUUGUUCUUUCCGCCACCGACUAGGAAGGAGUGGGCACCACGAGAUCCAGUACUAACACUUGAAUGUGGUUAAAAAAAAGACCCUAAAUUCCAUCAGCUUUGUUUGAGAGGUUGAAAUAAUGUCCUGUAUUUUCUGAGUCGUUACUGUGAUCUCAAUCUGGGUUGUGAAUCCUUUCGUAGAAUUUCUCAACACAAGUUUUCUCACAAAUGUUCUUUCUGUCUCAUGUUUGGCACAAUACAUAUUUACACAUUCUCCUGUUUUCUUGUUGUUGAUUUUGGUGCUUUGCCAUUUUGGAACUCACGUACAAUUUAAGCCGCAGCGUCCAAAUGUUAAUCUUGAUAUCGUUGCUUUUCUCAUCCCGACAACGUAGAGCGGAAAAGCGUUGCGAUCGCCGUGGGAAAAUGUGCGCGAGGAGGACGGCGGAGUACGACGAGGAACUUCGGGGCCCGAAAGAGGAGGAGGGGCCAAAAGGUCAACGACCGGACGCUGCGUUCGAUCUGCGGCCUCCAACAGACAUCAGUGAAGAUCUUCAUACUGAGCGGCAGAAGCCAGAGCCCCCUCACAUUAAAGAGGAAGUGGAGGCCAAAGAGGUCCACCACAUCAAAGAGGAAGAGGAGUCCAUUUCGAUUAAAAAAGAGGAGGAAGAAGCGUGCGCCCACAUCAAAGAGGAAGAGGAGGAGGAGGAUAUCACCAAGUUUCCAUGGACUGGUGUCCCUUUGAAGAUUGAAGGCGAAGGUCAAAGUGAGGCAAGCAGAGGGGCGGAGCCUCCAAGCAGCAGCUCAAGUCAACACAUGAAAACCGAAGGUGAUGGAGAAGACCACUGUGGAGGAUCACCAGCAGACGGCCUCUUGGCUCCACUGUCAGAUAGUGACGACAUGACGUCACAUCCUCCUCACACUGAUGAUGAUCAUCAUAACCGGUCUGAAGGUCAUAUGACAUGUCCCGCUGACAACAAACGCUGCAAAUGUUUUCAGUGUUUGAAAACAUUUGCAAACAAGACCAUUUUGAAACAACACAUGAGAACCCACACUGGAGAAAAACCUUUUUCCUGCUCAGUUUGUGGCCAAAGAUUCUCUAUGAAGGAACACUUAAAAAGACACACAAGAACCCACACUGGUGAGAAACCUUUUUCUUGCACAGUUUGUGGUAAAACAUUCAUUCAGAAUACAGAUGUUAAAAGACACGCAAGAACACACACUGGUGAGAAACCUUUUUCCUGCUCGGUUUGUGGUCAACGAUUCUCUGGUAAGAAAAACUUAACAAUGCACACAAGAACCCACACUGGUGAGAAACCUUUUUCCUGCACAGUUUGUGGUAAAACAUUCACUCAGCAGACAAAUUUACAAAGACACACGAGAACGCACACUGGUGAGAAACCUUUUGCCUGCACAGUUUGUGGUCAAACAUUCGCUCGGCAGACAAAUUUAAAAAGACACACAAGAACGCACACCGGUGAGAGACCUUUUUCCUGCUCCGUUUGCGGUCAGAGCUUCUCUGACAAGGGAACCUUGACAAGACACACAAGAACCCACACUGGUGAGAAAGCUUUUUCCUGCUCGGGCUGCGGCCAGAGAUUCUCUCGUAAGGAUCAGGUUAAGACACACAAGUGUGCUGGUGAGAAUAGCAGUGAUCAAGAAGUUUUUAAUGUCAAUCUUGAAAAAAAACUAAAUAGUAAAUUCGGUGUUACUGACUGACAAAA